AGACCGCUGUCCUGCUGACGUCACGGUAGUUCAUUUAUCCGCCCAGGCUGCUGGCUUCCUGCAGAGUCUCCACUCCGUCGCCAAUAGCGAUACACGCUGCCGCUCCGCGACACACUAGUCUGCCAAGUUCAAGUGCCGGGAAAACACCGACAUUUCGGGUGAGGAGAGGUGUUGAAGGUGCUCACCAACCAGGGUUGUAGACAUCAUGGUGAACAUCCCAGAAUACUAUGCAGGGAAAAAUGUGCUGAUCACUGGAGCAACAGGCUUCAUGGGCAAGGUGCUGCUAGAGAAGCUGCUGAGGUCAUGCCCUGGAGUCAAAAUUGUGUACGUGAUGGUCAGGCCAAAAGCUGGCCAGAGCCCCCAGGCCCGCAUCGCUGACAUGAUCAACUGCAAGUUGUUUGAAAGAUUGCAAGAUGAGCAGCCAGGCUUUGCAGAGAAGAUCAUUGCAGUGAAGAGUGACCUCACACAGCCAGAGCUGGAUCUGAGUAAAGAGGAUCAGAGCAUCCUGGCUGAAAACAUUAACAUCGUCUUCCACUGUGCUGCCACCAUCCGCUUUAAUGAGCCACUCAAAGAUGCAAUGCAGCUGAAUGUCCUGGCCACCCAGAAGAUGGUGGCACUGGCCCACAGGAUGAAACACCUAGAGAUCUUCAUUCACGUCUCCACAGCCUAUGCCAACUGUGACCAAGAGCUCAUUGAAGAAAUCGUCUACCCUCCCCCUGUAGACUACCGCAGACUCAUCGAUACUCUGGACUGGAUGGAUGACGAUCUGGUUUCUGCACUGACUCCCAAACUAAUAGGAGAGCGUCCCAACACCUACACUUACACCAAAGCUCUGGCUGAGUACCUGGUGCAGCAGGAGGCUGGAGACCUCAACGUAGCAAUUGUCAGACCCUCCAUCGUUGGAGCCAGCUGGAAAGAGCCCUUUCCAGGUUGGAUUGACAACUUCAAUGGACCUAGUGGAAUAUUUAUUGCAGCUGGUAAGGGGAUCCUUCGUACAAUGAGAGCGUCUAAUGAUGCUGUGGCUGAUUUGGUUCCUGUAGACGUGGUCAUCAACACUACGCUGGCUGCAGCUUGGUACUCUGGAUCACAAACAUGCAACAGGCCUAAAAACAUCCUGGUGUACAACUGCACAACCGGUGGUAUCAACCCAUUUCACUGGGGGGAAGUUGAGUACCAUGUAAUAUCCACAUUCAAGAGGAACCCCCUUGAGCAGGCCUUCCGUCGGCCCAAUGUUAAUCUCACAUCCAAUCACCUAAUCAAUCAGUACUGGAUUGCCGUAAGCCACAAGGCUCCGGCCUUCCUCUAUGAUCUGUACCUCAGGCUGAUUGGACGAGAGCCCAGGAUGAUGAAGACAAUCACUCGCCUCCACAAAGCCAUGAUGGUCCUGGAGUAUUUCACCAGUCACUCCUGGGUGUGGAACACUGACAACUUGGCCAUGCUGAUGGCCCAGAUGAGCCCCGAGGAUAAGAAGGUGUUUAAUUUUGAUGUGCGCCAGCUGCACUGGGCAGAGUACAUGGAAAGUUACUGUAUGGGCACCAAAAAAUACGUCCUGAAUGAAGAGCUGUCGGGCCUGCCUGCUGCACGCAAACACCUCAACAAACUGAGGAACAUCCGCUACACCUUCAACACCAUCCUGGUGGUGCUCAUCUGGCGUGUGUUCAUUGCUCGAUCCCAGAUGGCCAGGAACAUCUGGUAUUUUGUGGUGAGCCUCUGCUAUAAAUUCCUCUCCUACUUCAGAGCUUCCUCCACCAUGAGAUACUGAGCCAGUGACAUGGUGGUGGGUGGUGAGGUGGAGGGACAACAAAAUGAAGGAAACAGUGGCUUUGGAAGAUGAGAGGAGCCAGAGCUUAACGUGGUAUCACAUUGUCUGUCUCUGGCCCAGUGUUUGCCCUCACACUCCAAGAUUAAAUGGAACCAUUAAACACAGAUGGCGCUACUGGACAAGCCUCUAAAUGUUGCAUAUCUCAGAUCUAUCUAACCUGAUCUCUAGCAUUUCAUGCAAAGGGCAUGGAUUUAUCUCACAAUAUACAACACUCAGACUAACGCUCAGAUUAACAGCACGUGGACUAGUUAAAGAAGCAGGACUACACACCCUGAUUCAGUUCAUUUCCAGUCAUUCUAGUCCCUCUCUGGUGCCAGCUUUAUUCUGGAGCACUUCCUGUAAACCUGCUCCAUCUUGUCUGUCUGCUCGCCUGGCUGGCUGGCUGUCUGCAAAACAAAGCUAUGCAUUGAAUGAUGCUCUGCUGCAAAAGUCCUCAGCUGGGUUUGAGUCAGUCCAGGUUUCGUUCCUGUGCUGCUGGGUUUUUCUGUACAUGGAGUCUUUCACUUCAUCUGCUGUGUGGAUUUUUCUCCCUUUAAGUUUGUGUGUCAUCAGUUCUAUGGUGUGUGGCCCACAGAAAUGUUUUAAAAGCCUUAUUUGAAAAAGUCCUUUAAGUAGGGUUUUCUCUGGGUUUCAUCUGUCAGCAGAAUUUGCUUGGCAAAGCAUAAACUACACAGCUUUUGGAGCGUUUUAGCUGUUUUUGCACAUUUGGGUGGAGGCAGUCUAAGGAUGAAUCUGUACUGAGUCAGUGAAGGCGACCUAGGGAUCGUUGUUUGAACUAAGCCUUGCCCUCACAACACCCAUCCCCUAGACCAAAGCCAUUUCAACCUGUUCAUGACUGUUGCACUGACAUCUUGGUGUAAAGAGAAAGCUGACAUCGUAGGGGUUUGGAAGCUCGCUUAUAUUGACCCUUCUCUCAUCAAGAGUUGCCAUUGGCCUUCUUUCCCUCCUUCCUGUUUGGCAAAGACUCACCCUCAACAAUACUGCACUCCUGUAUGUCCCUAGUGGACUGUGUGGCUGGUUCCCUUAUUUUGACCAAGCACAAAGUAGAUUGUAAUACAGUGGCUUUAGCCAGUGCCUACGCAAUAUUCUUGCAUCAGCAGAUCUUGCAAAUCAAGCUGCGUUUCCUACAGGUUCAUUUUUGUCUCGUGUGAAAGCCAUUUGUGACUUAAAGGUUUUUUUUUUUUAGCCAAAAUACCUCUUAGCUAACAGACUCGUAGCUCAGUAGAGGAUGAGACAGUUGAGAGGAGAAAUAUUGUCACACUUGUUUUUUUUCUGCUGUAUGCUCAGAAAUGUACACUUUCAUUACUGAGUGAGCGAUCUGAGUAGUGUACAAACUGUAGCCCACCAUCUUUGUGAAAGGUUUUGUUUAGACAUUUUCUUCUGUAAAUGUGUGUUUUAGUGACUUUUGCAGGUCAUACUUUUGUUAUGUUACUGCUUCAUAUUCAUGUUAGAUGCCUCUGUACAGGGAUGCUGUUACACACUUUGACCAUUAGGUUACCUUCAUCUUUCCCUCUUGCUAAAAAACAUAUUUGCCCUCUCAGACAAAAAAAUGUAGGCUGGUUGCAGAACUGGCAACAUAAGCUGAAAUUCUUGCAUCACACAUCCAUGUUUUUAUGGGCGUUACCCCUCAGUGCCACAUUAAGUCUUCAGUUAACAUACCUGAGGUUUACCUGUGCCCUUUUUCAUAUUUGUUUUUCCCAAGCACACUAUGUUUGAAGAAGUAGGGUGUGACUAUAUGCUGAUAUUUGGUUGUGCUUGUGUGCAUACUCUGAGUGUCUUACCUUAAUGUUCGCCCUAUGAAUGUCCUGGAGUCAUUAAGGAAUGUGAUUUUCACUCUCACAGCAUGAGUCAUUUUACAUAGGAUCAUGUUAACAGUGGAAGAAUACACACUUUGGAAAGAUGUGUGCAAGUGAGAAUUGUGCCUGAACUUUUGUCAAUAUUCUAACAAUGUGAAAAGAGAGCAAUCAAAUCUAUGUUUUCUAAUUAUUUUGUGUACAGCUCUAUUUAGGUAGACUUCAAAAUAUAACAAUGUAUUUUUAUGCUAAUGACAUUGUGUGGCUAUUUUACUGACACAAAGCUUACUGAAGCAACUUCAGCUGCUGUACAUAAAACUUUAAAAAAGUAAAUAUGUAAACUUAAAUGCAGUACGUUCAGAGCUGAAUUUAAUCUUUAGAAGUUGCUUGUUACUGUAUAUGGACAUGUACCUUUUUCUCUCUGUAUGAGAAUAAAACGGCCUGACUUAUUUGCACAGCUGGAAUCUUCCUCUGACUCCUGAAACAAAACAUUUACGAUACUGUAAUUGCCUGUGCUUUUAAUGUUAAGCAUUUGCUAAUUGGAGGGCUGUGCAAUGAAUUCUUGCUGUUGUAAUUAGGUCCGUUUUGUGGUGGUGAAUGGUUGUUGUCAUGCUGUUGUGUAGUGUGGUGGGGAAAAAGCAAUGGCAUGUCUAAUUCAGGUUUUUUUCAGACUUUUUUCUUGUGAUUUGACAAGUGAGACGGAUGAACAGGUCCUUUUCAUGUUCUAGUUUUUGAUGUCAGGAACUACUGAGACAUACCGAUGGUUUGCUCAUCAAACAGGGCAUUACACAAAAGUAACAUCAGCAUUAACUCAGCUUGGAACAAAAUAGUCCCAUUGAUUCCUAUAUUCAAAUAAUUUCAAGGCCCUGAAAACAUAGUUUCAAAUAUUAAGUAUCUCUGUUGAACAUUUAGAUAUUCAUUACUAAAUAAAUAAGCAAUAAUCAGAGUCAAAGGAAUAAUUUGAUAUUUUGGGAAAAUAUACUUAUUUGCUUCCUUGCAGAGUGUUGAUGAGAAUAUUCAUGAAACUCUGGCCCUGUUCAAAGGUAACAAGCAGUGCUAGAGCUCCCUAAUGAACUUACCCUCAUAAUUACGCUGGUUACAUGACAACGUCACAGCGACAAGACUCUGGGAAGUUAAUGCACCAACAGUCCAACAUGUUACAUGGCAGUGUGCUUCGGAAGUGCUGAGGUAGUUUUGGUUACCUUUUGGACAGAGCAAGGCUAGCAGUUUCCCCAUUUCCUGUCUUUGUGCUAAGCUAACCGUUUUUUGGCUCCAGUUAUGUAUUUAUUGCAUGAGUGGUAUCAAUCUUCUCAUCUAACUUUUGGCAAGCUUAUUUCCCAAUAUGUUAAACUAUUUCUUAUAAAGCUGGUAAAUGAAAAAGUUAAAAUUCAAACACUCAGAAGCUAAUCUGGUUCAUUGGGACUCUGCAGGUCUGGUUUGAUUAGAAAUUCAUGACACUGGCCUGACCUGUCCUCAGAAUCCUGCCCACUUCAAACCAACAAAGGCACAAACAAAAAAUACAAAUAACAACCAAAAUUCCUAACUGGCAGAAAAUGUUGGGUUCAUGCAGAACCGCAUGUCUAAGAGUAAAAAAUGCUAUUGAGAGAACGGGUUUUCAGGGCCUUUAAGGAAACGUCUUGAAUAAUGGAUCACUUAAACUGGUUUAUGUAUAUAAUAAUAAUAAUUCUGCAUUUUCUUUUUCCCCCAUUAGGCUUUUGUAGGACUAAAUGUUUGUUGUUUUUUUGUUUCAUGACAUGGGUCCAAAUGUGUAGGCUGAGGUUGUGAUUACAUUAAGACUGUCAGUGUGUCAGUGUUCAUUUAUAAUGUGAUGCUCACGUGGUUCCAGGGGUGACUGUUGUUUUAUCGCUCCUUUGAGCAGUAUAAUGACGACAGACCUUUAUGCUGAGUUUCAGAGGGAGGAAAAGGAGUUCUUGCCACAGUGUUGAUGUGAAACUCCAAAAACAAUAAAUCAAUGGUGCCUUUUGUUUGUAAACCAAAAAGAAGGAAUAAACUGUGUUUAAUCCUC